AAGGAACCCAAGCAGGCCAAAGAGGCACCAAGUUCAGGCGGAGCCAGGGAGCGCCCAGAAGCUCCCCGCAGCCUGGAGCGUCUGGCUUGUGGCUCGAGGCAUCUUUGUUCUCGACCUACAUAACUUUACACGAACUUGUUUUCUUCGCCGCCGGGGUCGGCCAGGGCCAUGACGCCGUCCUCAUUCGUCGCCCUGCUGCUGCUGCUGCUGGUUUCGCGCUCGCGCGCCACGGCCAGCGGCCGCGCGUGCCCAGACGCGGAGUCCCAGCUGCUCCAGCUCUCGAGCAGUCAGAGCUCUGGCGGCGGCGUCGGCUCGGGGCUGGCGUCCACGGACCUGGAUUCCGUGGUGUGGCCCACCCGCGGCGGAAAGACGAGCUCCUGCUGCCGCUGCAACUACGUCAUGCGCAUCCUUGUCCCGGCCGCGAACAUGCCCGCCGGCCCGCAGCAGCUUCGCAUCAAGUUCGCACAGUCGAAUAACGGCAUCGCGUACGUGGCUUUCGGUGAGGAGGAGUCCCCAGGAGUGAUGAAGGCUGGCACCAUCACGAACCUGUGUUUUGACGGGCAGGUCGGCGACUGCACCACGGCCGUGUCCCUUCGGGCUUUUGAAUUGUACACCGAGUGGUUCGACUACACGAUCGACACAGCCAAGAAUUAUUACGUAUCCUACCUUCACCUCUGCGGCCCUGGCGGUUCCUCGUCGGGGACAACCCCUGACGGUGUGGCGUUCAGCGGUUACGACACUGGUACAAGCGACGAAUACACGUACUGGUCAACUUCUGGUACUACGACGUGGUACAACGACCUCCGCGACAACGGUCUGGCCGGGACCCUUCGCGGACCCAGUGCGCUCGUGUACGGCCACUACUCACGCGAUCCGGGCGCCAGCAUCACAGGCGGCUGGAAAACCGCGAAUCGAAUCGAAGGCAUCCAGGGUAUCGAGUCUCAUGCUAGUUCAACCCCUAACCCCACGCCGUAUCCGACGCCGUUCCCGACGCCCUACCCGACGCCGUACCCGACGCCGUAUCCGACGGCCUUCCCGACGCGUUACCCGACGCCCUACCCGACGGCCUUCCCGACGCCCUACCCGACGGCCUUCCCGACGCCCUACCCGACCGCCUUCCCGACGCCCUUCCCGACGCCCAGCCCAACGCCGAGCCCGACGUAUCCUGUGGGUUGGCCGACGCCACAUCCAACUUUUCUUCCUGGAGCUGCCAUGGCGGGAGGAGCUGGCGGAGGCGUAGCUGCCACUGGCGACCCCCACCUUUUGUAUAGUCUGAUUGGUUGUAGACUGCAGGUUAAGUGGGAGGGGGUGUGGGCUCAGGUAGCCAUUUUGGGUCCGUAGCGUUCGGCUCUGGCCGACGCGCGGGUGUUCCAGGGGGCCGCGGGGCGGCCAUAACCACAGCCGUGCUAGUCCGCGGACUAGGUAGCGCGCCUGUGGUGCCAUGGCUGUGGGCUUCCUGGGGGCGCACCUGAUGAUCUUGGUUACGGGCGGCGCUCUUACGGUCCAAGGGGCACUUGGCUGGCUGCCAUUCGGGCGCGGGGGACAUGAGGUCCCAGCGCCGACGCCGCCAGCCCUGCCCGGGCCGACAGCGCCGCCGGCAGGCGGUGGGGGGCGAGGCAAGGG